GUGCUGUCGUCAUGAAUGUGAAGUAGCCACUGCUCUAGGACCAGGAGAGGAAUGGGCCUUCUCAUACUCUUGUUGUAUAACCAGUAUUUCAGCAGAGAUGUUCCUAGGACAGGAGUGCCUGGUGAAGAAUGGGAUGGGAUCACUAGCAUGUCUACGGACAGCGGCCCUGGGACGAGAUUGAGAAAUCUGCCCGUGAUGGGGGAUGGUCUAGAAACCUCCCAGAUGUCUACAACGCAGGCCCAGGCCCAGCCCCAGCCAGCAAAUGCAGCCAGCACCAAUCCUCCACCCCCAGAGACCUCCAACCCUAAUAAGCCCAAGAGGCAGACCAACCAACUGCAAUAUCUGCUCAGAGUGGUGCUCAAGACACUAUGGAAACACCAGUUUGCGUGGCCUUUCCAGCAGCCUGUGGAUGCCGUCAAGCUGAACCUCCCUGAUUACUAUAAAAUUAUUAAAACACCCAUGGAUAUGGGAACAAUAAAGAAGCGCUUGGAAAACAACUAUUACUGGAAUGCUCAGGAAUGUAUCCAGGACUUCAACACUAUGUUUACAAAUUGUUACAUCUAUAACAAGCCUGGAGAUGACAUCGUCUUAAUGGCAGAAGCUCUGGAGAAGCUCUUCUUGCAAAAAAUCAAUGAACUGCCUACAGAAGAAACUGAGAUCAUGAUAGUCCAGGCAAAAGGAAGAGGACGAGGGAGAAAAGAAACAGGGAUAGCAAAGCCUGGUGUAUCCACGGUACCAAACACAACUCAAGCAUCAACUUCUCCGCAGACCCAGACGCCUCAGCAGAACCCUCCUCCACCUGUGCAGGCCACAACUCACCCCUUUCCUGCUGUUACCCCAGACCUCAUUGCCCAGCCUCCUGUCAUGACAAUGGUGCCCCCCCAGCCACUUCAGACUCCUUCACCGGUACCCCCCCAGCCACCACCCCCACCUGCUCCAGUUCCACAGCCUGUGCAGAGUCACCCACCCAUCAUUGCGACCACCCCACAGCCUGUGAAGACAAAGAAAGGGGUGAAGAGGAAAGCAGAUACCACCACCCCCACCACCAUCGACCCUAUUCAUGAGCCACCCUCACUGGCCCCAGAGCCCAAGACCGCCAAGCUGGGUCCUCGGCGAGAGAGCAGCAGACCUGUGAAGCCCCCAAAGAAGGAUGUACCGGACUCACAGCAGCACCCAGGGCCAGAGAAGAGCAGCAAGAUCUCGGAGCAGCUGAAGUGCUGCAGUGGCAUCCUCAAGGAGAUGUUUGCCAAGAAACAUGCUGCCUAUGCCUGGCCUUUCUACAAGCCUGUGGAUGUGGAGGCACUGGGUCUGCACGACUACUGUGACAUCAUUAAACAUCCCAUGGACAUGAGCACAAUCAAGUCUAAACUAGAGUCCCGAGAGUACAGAGAUGCCCAGGAAUUUGGUGCUGAUGUCCGAUUGAUGUUCUCCAACUGCUACAAGUACAAUCCUCCUGACCAUGAAGUGGUAGCCAUGGCUCGAAAACUCCAGGAUGUGUUUGAAAUGCGCUUUGCCAAGAUGCCUGAUGAGCCUGAAGAGCCAGUUGUUACGGUGUCCUCUCCUGCAGUGCCACCCCCUACAAAGGUGGUAGCCCCACCCUCCUCUAGUGACAGCAGCAGUGAUAGUUCUUCUGACAGUGACAGUUCCACUGAUGACUCCGAGGAAGAGCGAGCCCAGCGGCUGGCUGAGCUCCAGGAACAGCUCAAAGCUGUACAUGAGCAGCUUGCAGCCCUCUCACAGCCCCAGCAGAACAAACCAAAGAAAAAGGAAAAGGACAAGAAGGAAAAGAAAAAAGAAAAGCACAAAAAGAAAGAAGAAGUGGAGGAAAAUAAAAAAAGCAAAACCAAGGAACUUCCUCCCAAAAAGACAAAGAAAAAUAACAGCAGCAACAGCAAUGUGAGCAAGAAGGAACCAGCACCCACGAAGACCAAGCCGCCUCCCACAUAUGAAUCAGAAGAAGAGGACAAGUGUAAGCCCAUGUCUUAUGAGGAGAAGCGGCAGCUAAGUCUAGAUAUCAACAAACUUCCUGGUGAGAAGCUAGGCCGUGUAGUACACAUAAUUCAGUCGAGGGAACCAUCACUUAAAAACUCCAACCCUGAUGAGAUUGAGAUUGACUUUGAGACCCUGAAGCCAUCUACACUACGAGAGUUGGAGCGAUAUGUCACCUCUUGUUUGCGGAAGAAAAGGAAACCUCAAGCUGAAAAAGUUGAUGUGAUUGCUGGUUCUUCCAAGAUGAAGGGCUUCUCAUCCUCUGAGUCGGAGAGCACCAGCGAAUCUAGCUCCUCUGACAGUGAAGACUCUGAAACAGAGAUGGCUCCCAAGUCAAAAAAGAAGGGGCACACUGGGAGGGACCAGAAAAAGCAUCAUCACCAUCACCAUCCACAGAUGCAGCCAGCCCCAGCUCCUGUGCCCCAGCAGCCGCCCCCACCUCCACAGCAGCCUCCUCCACCCCCACCUCCGCAGCAGCAGCAGCAGCAACAGCAGCAGCAGCCCCCACCCCCACCGCCUCCACCCUCCAUGCCACAGCAGACUGCCCCAGCGAUGAAGUCCUCGCCUCCACCCUUCAUCACUGCCCAGGUACCCGUCCUGGAACCACAGCUACCAGGCAGUGUCUUUGACCCUAUUGGCCACUUCACCCAGCCCAUCUUGCACCUGCCGCAGCCGGAGCUGCCUCCUCACCUGCCCCAGCCACCUGAGCACAGCACUCCACCCCAUCUCAACCAGCAUGCUGUGGUCUCUCCUCCAGCUUUGCACAAUGCGCUGCCCCAACAACCAUCUCGGCCCAGCAACCGAGCUGCUGCUCUGCCCCCAAAGCCUACCCGACCCCCAGCUGUGUCCCCUGCCCUAGCCCAGCCCCCUCUGCUCCCACAGCCACCUAUGGCUCAGCCCCCCCAAGUGCUGCUGGAGGAUGAAGAGCCACCUGCCCCACCCCUCACCUCCAUGCAGAUGCAGUUGUACCUACAGCAGCUGCAGAAGGUGCAGCCUCCCACACCACUACUCCCUUCCGUGAAGGUGCAAUCCCAACCCCCACCGCCUUUGCCGCCUCCCCCCCACCCUUCUGUGCAGCAGCAGCAGCUCCAACAGCAGCCCCGACAGCAACCUACCCACCCACCCCCAGGACAGCAGCCACCCCCACCACAGCCUGCCAAGCCUCAGCAAGUCAUCCAGCAUCACCCUUCACCCCGCCACCACAAGUCAGACCCCUACUCAGCCGGUCAUCUUCGUGAAGCUCCCUCUCCGCUUAUGAUACAUUCCCCUCAGAUGCCACAGUUCCAGAGCCUGACCCAUCAGUCUCCUCCCCAGCAAAACGUCCAGCCUAAGAAGCAGGAGCUGCGCCCACCUUCAGUCGUCCAGCCCCAGCCCCUGGUGGUAGUAAAGGAGGAGAAGAUUCACUCACCAAUCAUCCGCAGCGAGCCUUUCAGCACCUCACUUCGACCAGAGCCCCCCAAGCACCCAGAGAACAUCAAGGCCCCAGUUCACCUGCCCCAGCGGCCUGAGAUGAAGCCUGUAGAUGUAGGGAGGCCUGUGAUCCGGCCUCCAGAGCAGAGUGCACCCCCACCAGGGGCCCCUGACAAGGACAAACAGAAACAGGAGCCAAAAACACCAGUGGCACCCAAAAAGGACCUGAAAAUUAAGAACAUGGGCUCCUGGGCCAGCUUGGUACAGAAGCAUCCGACCACCCCAUCCUCCACAGCCAAGUCCUCAAGUGACAGCUUUGAGCAUUUCCGCCGUGCUGCUCGGGAGAAGGAGGAGCGGGAAAAGGCCCUGAAGGCUCAGGCUGAGCAUGCAGAGAAGGAGAAGGAGCGGCUGAGGCAGGAGCGCAUGAGGAGCCGAGAGGAUGAGGAUGCGCUGGAACAGGCACGUCGAGCCCAUGAGGAGGCACGACGGCGCCAGGAGCAGCAGCAGCAGCAGCAGAGACAGGAGCAACAGCAGCAGCAGCAACAGCAGGCAGCUGCUGUGGCCGCUGCCUCCGCCCCCCAGGCCCAGAGCUCCCAGCCCCAGUCUAUGCUGGACCAGCAGAGGGAGUUGGCCCGAAAACGAGAGCAGGAGCGGAGGCGCAGGGAGGCAAUGGCAGCUACAAUUGACAUGAAUUUCCAGAGUGAUCUUUUGUCAAUAUUUGAAGAAAAUCUUUUUUGAGAGCA